AUGGCCACGCUCAACGAGUUGAAGGCAUACACUGUGGCGACCAUGGCAGAGAUCUGCAAGGUCCAUGGGACACCGCAGCACUUCCUGGAGAAGGAGAUGAAGGAUAUGACUGUUCGUGCAGAGUUUGCAGAGUGGCUGUGGCCAUCCUUCCAGGAAAAAGAUGACGCUCUGUGCUGCCAUUCACCUGAGAUUAGCAGUGUUCCAGAGGCAGAGAUGAGCACUGAACUUGCCCAAACUGUUCAUGUGCUGGCACUGGGCUUCGACUCGGGGUGUAGUGUCAAGGGCCCGCCUGGGCGCGAAGUGGCCAUGCAGCUCUGCGAGCACAUCAUGAUGGACGGCUUCGUGACGAAUGGAGAGCCCCUCCUGAUCACGCAGCCCCAGGAGUUGUUGAAGGUGGGCCCCCCGGCGCCCUGGGCGGGGGGGCUGACUACCAUGUCGCUAGGGUAUGUCAAGGGACAGGCCCGUGUGACCACCCUCCUGAGCAUCCUUUUCUUGUACUUCAAGAAGAACUUCGAUGUUUCCAAGGAGCACCCGGUGCUGGCAGAGACUGUGCAGAAGAUCUUCGCGCUCAAGGUGCAGUAUUCAACGAAGAUUGAGGAGGGACUGGCCAACAUGAAGUACUCAGCCCGCGGAUCAGUCAGGAAGGCGAACAACGUGAUCACCACUGUGCUGAUGCUGCAGAAGCUCUCCCAGCAUGGGCUGACAGACCCGGCGUUGUUCGUGAGGAGGUGGAACCAGAUGUCCACCAUGACGCACCAGAUCACAGGGCGUCGCGCAGUGACGCUCAAGCUCCUCUUGGAUUGCGCCCCUCCAGACACCCUGACCUCAAUCAUGGGCCAUGUGCGGACCAUGGGCUGGUCCAACUGCUGCUGGAGCGAUGACAACUUAGCUAGCAAGAAAAUAUAUCCGAGGCACCAAUUUCCUUCAAAGAGCAAGCAGUGGCUGCCUAGGCUGAAGACCACAUCUAAGAGCAUGAUGCUCAUGGUGCAGCGGGCGCAAAACCUGAACGAGCAGGCCUCGCCUGAUAAUCGGAAGAAGCUUACAUCUGCUCAGGUAGAGAGCAUGGCAGAGCGCGCUGCAGUCUGCCUGGCUCUGGCUGCAGAGCUCCAGACGAAGGUGCCCAUCCCAGACGUCAAGAUCCUAGAGGCGUGGGUGGCCCCAUGGUCAGAGGGGUCAGACCACAUCAACACAGAAAUCGAGACCGCGCUGAUCGACAAGUCUGACAUGUUCGAUGUCGCAGUGCACGUUCCCGCACUCAAGGCACUCGUGGACGCACGCGUGUUCAGCAACCCGGUUGCUAAUCCAACGACGGCCCAGGCCACCAUCGACAUCGACCUCUACGAGUUGACCAUUAAGCAGAUCAGGUACGACAUGCAAGCCUUCGAGGUCUGGGAGAGGAAGUGCAGCACAGCGCAUGCGGCGCACUACCACAAGCAGCAGGAGCCCCACCUCCUUCUGAUCCUCCUUCUCCCCCUCCUCCUCUUGCUCCUCCACUUCCCCCUCUUCCUCGACAAUUCCUCCUCGCUCCCCCUCCUCCUGCUCCUCCUCCUGCCCCUCCGAAUGUGA